UCCUCCUCCUUCCCUUCCCUCCUCCUGCUCUCCUCCUCUCCCGGCCUGGCUCUCGGAGGAGGAGGAGGAUGGUCCAGCCAAGGAGCCCCCCUUCGGGCUGAGGCGCCCCUGGGCUGCUGCUGCUGCUGCUGAUCCUGGAUGGUUCUCUUCGCCUGGGCUCAACUUGGGAUUUAGGACACCGCUGCUACCGCCAUCGCCUUCGCUUCUUCUUCUUCUUCGUCUCUUCUGCUGUGGAUUUACAAACACAGGAGCCUUGGAGGCAUUUGGGGGGUCCCUGCCCUGCCCUGCCUCCCCUUCCCUCCCUCUCUCCCUGCCUGCCUGCCUGCCUUUGGGCAUGAGCCUCCCGACAGGCUCCACCUGGAGACCAUGAGCAGCCCAGAGCUGGCUCUCGCCUCCUCUCUCCUUGGCUUGCUCUGCAUUUGCCUCUCCGCAGGUUCCCGUCUUCGUCAAGAGGAUUUUCCACCUCGAAUCGUUGAACAUCCUUCAGAUCUAAUUGUUUCUAAAGGAGAACCAGCAACACUGAACUGUAAGGCUGAAGGCAGGCCAACGCCAACUAUUGAGUGGUAUAAAGGAGGAGAAAGGGUUGAAACUGAUAAAGAUGAUCCUCGUUCUCAUCGGAUGUUGCUGCCAAGUGGAUCUUUAUUUUUCUUACGCAUAGUUCAUGGCCGCAAAAGUAGGCCUGAUGAAGGAGUCUACGUCUGUGUAGCAAGGAAUUAUCUUGGUGAAGCUGUCAGCCACAAUGCAUCACUGGAAGUAGCAAUACUGCGUGAUGACUUCAGACAAAAUCCCUCUGAUGUUAUGGUAGCAGUUGGUGAACCAGCUGUGAUGGAAUGCCAACCUCCUAGAGGCCAUCCAGAGCCUACCAUUUCAUGGAAAAAAGAUGCAUCCCCGCUUGACGAUAAAGAUGAAAGAAUUACAAUCAGAGGAGGAAAGCUGAUGAUCACUUACACAAGGAAGAAUGAUGCUGGCAAAUAUGUCUGUGUUGGAACAAACAUGGUGGGAGAAAGAGAAAGUGAAGUGGCAGAGCUCACAGUUUUAGAAAGGCCAUCAUUUGUGAAAAGACCCAGUAAUUUGGCCGUAACUGCAGAUGAUAGUGCAGAAUUUAACUGUGAGGCACGUGGUGAUCCAGUGCCAACAGUAAGGUGGCGCAAAGAUGAUGGAGAACUACCUAAAGCAAGAUAUGAAAUUCGUGACGACCACACUUUGAAAAUCCGGAAAGUUGCAGCAGAAGACAUGGGUUCUUAUACUUGUGUUGCGGAAAAUAUGGUUGGAAAGGCAGAAGCAUCAGCCACUUUAACAGUUCAAGUUGUAUCUGAGCCACCACACUUUGUUGUGAAACCUCGUGACCAAGUGGUUGCACUGGGCAGAACUGUGACUUUCCAGUGCGAAGCAACUGGAAAUCCUCAGCCAGCAAUAUUUUGGCGAAGAGAAGGAAGUCAGAACCUGCUUUUUUCAUACCAACCUCCUCAGUCUUCCAAUCGGUUUUCUGUCUCUCAAACUGGUGACCUCACUAUUACAAAUGUCCAGCGAACUGAUGUUGGCUAUUAUAUCUGCCAGACUUUAAAUGUUGCUGGGAGCAUCACAACAAAAGCGUAUUUGGAGGUUACUGAUGUGAUUGCAGACCGGCCUCCGCCUGUCAUUCGCCAAGGUCCUGUGAAUCAGACAGUAGCUGUGGAUGGUACUUUGGUACUCAGCUGUGUGGCUGCAGGCACCUUAAUGCCCACAAUUCUCUGGAGAAAAGAUGGCAUCCUCAUCUCUACACAGGAUUCCCGUAUCAAGCAGCUGGAGACUGGGGCAUUACAGAUUCGAUAUGCCAAGCUGGGUGACACUGGUCGGUACACCUGCAUUGCCUCAACUCCAAGUGGUGAAGCAUCAUGGAGUGCUUUCAUUGAAGUCCAAGAGUUUGGAGUUCCAGUGCAGCCACCAAGACCCACUGAUCCUAACUUGAUUCCCAGUGCACCAUCAAAACCUGAAGUUGCUGAUGUCAGCAGAAAUACAGUAACACUGUCCUGGAAGCCUAAUUUGAAUUCAGGUGCAACUCCAACCUCUUAUAUAAUAGAGGCCUUCAGCCAUGCAGCUGGCAGCAGCUGGCAAACUGUAGCAGAAAAUGUGAAAACAGAAACAUUUGCUGUUAAAGGACUGAAACCAAAUGCAAUUUAUCUUUUCCUCAUUCGGGCAGCCAAUGCAUAUGGAAUUAGCGAUCCCAGCCAGAUAUCUGACCCAGUGAAAACACAAGAUGUUCCACCUACCAGUCAGGGUGUGGAUCACAAACAAGUACAGAGAGAAUUGGGUGAUGUUGUUCUACAUCUCCACAAUCCCACAAUACUUUCUUCUUCCUCAAUUGAAGUUCACUGGACAGUUGAUCAACAAUCCCAGUAUAUUCAGGGAUACAAAAUUUUAUACAGACCAGCAACUGUUUCUCAAGGGGACUCUGAAUGGCUAAUUUUUGAAGUGAAGACACCAACAAAAAACAGUGUUGUCAUUCCUGAGCUCAAAAAAGGAGUAAACUAUGAAAUUAAGGCACGGCCCUUUUUUAAUGAGUUUCAAGGAGCUGAUAGUGAAGUGAAAUUUGCCAAAACUCUGGAAGAAGCUCCAAGUGCUCCUCCGCAAAGUGUUUCAGUAACCAAGAAUGAUGGAAAUGGAACAGCGAUUGUAAUUACUUGGCAGCCUCCCCCAGAGGACACGCAGAAUGGAAUGGUUCAAGAAUACAAGGUCUGGUGCCUUGGCAAUGAAAGUCGGUAUCACAUCAAUAAGACAGUGGAUGGUUCCACAUUUUCUGUAGUAAUUCCUUCUCUAGUUCCUGGCAUUAGAUAUAGUGUGGAAGUGGCAGCAAGUACUGGAGCUGGACCUGGAGUGAAAAGUGAGCCACAAUUUAUUCAGUUAGAUUCUCAUGGAAAUCCUGUGUCACCAGAAGAUCAAGUCAGUUUAGCCCAGCAGAUUUCAGAUGUUGUGAAACAACCAGCAUUCAUUGCUGGAAUUGGUGUUGCCUGUUGGAUUAUCCUCUUGGUUUUUAGCAUUUGGUUAUACCGUCAUCGAAAGAAGCGGAAUGGACUUGCUAGUACUUAUGCUGGUAUCAGAAAAGUCCCGUCUUUUACCUUCACACCAACAGUAACGUAUCAAAGAGGAGGAGAAGCCGUAAGCAGCGGAGGCAGACCAGGUCUUUUAAACAUCAGUGAACCUGCCACUCAGCCAUGGCUUGCCGAUACAUGGCCUAAUACCGGGAAUAAUCAUAAUGAUUGCUCCAUCAGUUGCUGUACCUCAGGCAAUGGAAACAGUGAUACUAACCUCACUACAUACAGUCGGCCAGCUGAUUGUAUAGCAAAUUACAAUAAUCAGUUGGAAAACAAGCAAACAAAUCUUAUGCUGCCUGAAUCAACAGUUUAUGGUGAUGUGGACUUAAGCAACAAAAUCAAUGAGAUGAAAACUUUCAAUAGUCCAAAUCUAAAAGAUGGAAGAUUUGUCAACCAACCAGGGCAGCCUACACCUUAUGCCACCACUCAGCUUAUCCAGUCAAACAUCAGCAAUAAUGUCAACAGCAGCAGUGGUGAUUCAAAUGAAAAACAUUGGAAGCCAGCUACACAGCAGAAACAAGAGGUUGCACCCGUUCAGUACAACAUCAUGGAGCAAAACAAACUUAACAAAGAUUACCGAGUAAAUGAUAAUGCCCAAACCAUCCCAUACAAUCAAAAUUAUGACCCAAAUACAGGAGGGUCUUAUAACAGUUCAGAUCGAGGAAGUAGCACGUCUGGGAGCCAAGGGCAUAAGAAGGGUGCUAGAACCCCUAAAGCAUCAAAGCAGGCUGGUAUGAACUGGGCUGACCUACUUCCACCUCCCCCUGUACAUCCUCCACCACAUAGUAAUAGUGAAGAAUACAGCUUAUCUGUGAAUGAAAGCUAUGAUCAGGAAAUCCCAUGUCCAGUACCACCAGCAAGAAUGUAUCUACAGCAGGAUGAACUGGAAGAAGAAGAUGAUGAAAGAGGCCCUACACCACCAGUCCGAGGAGCAGCUUCAUCUCCGGCAGCUGUGUCUUAUAGCCAUCAGUCAACUGCUACACUAACACCUUCACCCCAAGAAGAACUCCAGCCUAUGUUACAAGAUUGCCAGGAAGAAAUGGGGCACUUGCAACACCCACAAGAUCGGAGGCGUCAACCUGUGAGUCCUCCUCCACCUCCAAGGCCCAUUUCCCCUCCACAUACCUAUGGUUAUAUUUCAGGGCCUCUUGUAUCAGACAUGGAUACUGAUGCUCCAGAAGAGGAAGAAGAUGAAGCAGACAUAGAAGUUGCCAAGAUGCAAAACAGAAGGCUGCUUCUGCGUGGCCUUGAGCAGACACCUGCUUCAAGUGUGGGAGAUCUCGAGAGUUCAGUGACGGGUUCCAUGAUCAAUGGAUGGGGUUCGGCUUCAGAAGAUGACAACAUUUCAAGUGGACGAUCUAGUGUUAGCUCAUCUGAUGGAUCCUUUUUUACAGAUGCAGAUUUUGCACAGGCUGUUGCAGCAGCAGCAGAAUACGCUGGUCUCAAAGUAGCAAGGCGUCAAAUGCAAGAUGCUGUUGGAGGCCGUAGACAUUAUCAUGCUUCACACUGCCCUAGACCCACCAGCCCUGUGUCCACUGACAGCAAUAUGAGUGCUGCUGUAAUACAGAAGAUCCGACCUGCCAAAAAGCAAAAGCACCAGCAAGGACAUCUGCGCAGAGAGGUCUACACAGAUGAUCUGCCACCUCCACCAGUGCCACCUCCUGCUAUAAAAUCUCCUACCACCCAGUCCAAAUCUCACCUAGAGGUACGGCCUGUCAUGUUGCCAAAGUUACCUUCUGUAGAACCCAGGACAGAAAGAGCAGUGGAAAGAAAAGGAGCAGGCUACAAGGGGAAAGAAGGAGUUGAAAGCCGCCAGCAUUCUGAUGUACGGACAAGUUCAGGGGAACGGCGAGAAUCACAGGAACAGCAAAGUGAUAGCAAACUACGAGGAAGCAAAGCAACAAGGCGAGAAGGCACACCAGCAAAAACACAUCUUCUCCAAGAGGACAUUCUGCCAUAUUGUAGACCUACAUUUCCAAUAUCGAACAAUACUAGAGAUCCCAGUUCCUCAAGUUCCAUGUCAUCCAGAGGAUCAGGAAGUAGACAAAGGGCUGAACAAACAAAUCUAAGUCGAAGGAAUAUUGCGGAAAUGCAGGUAUUUGGAACCUACGAGCGAGAAGAGGAUGAAGAAGAAGAAUUACAGGAAACCGAAAGCUGAAGAUGUACUGUAACACAUUUUUGAAAUUGAAUCAGAAAAAUAUCACAUAAGAUGCCUCAAGUCUGAUGAUAUUUGAUGCCAGAAAUAAUGUUCAGUGCAAUCAGAGUGUACAAUUUCUCAUCUUUUUAUGAUACUAGAAUGUCAUUUCUUUAUUUUCUUUUAAGACCCCAGUUAUAAUGAACAUCCUUUGUUUUUUCCCUUAAAUAUAGCACAUUUUCUCUGUCAAUGAGAGCUGUUAAAGUGAUCUUUGUGGUGCUAGCGGAGCUGCUGCUUCCACCUUUGGAAAGAAGGGGGAACCUUACUUUGCUCCAACUGGGGGGCAGGGCAGUUCAAUACAAGUAUGUCACCAAACUAAUUCAUAAACUUAAGUAUAGACUAUCAUUGAUUGGACAAUAAAAACUGCAACAAAUGAUAUCUAUGCAGAAAUUUGUUUUGUUUUGUAAAUUUUUCUAAUGCUGUUACAACUGCACUUGGUGCAAACAGCAUUGUAUUGCCUUUCGGCAGUCAGACCCCUUUGCAGCAAAAAUGCAACUUCAUACAAUUUGGGUUAUCAUAGCUCAAACUGUAAAUACGUAUUCCUUUUUCAAAAACCCUGUAGUACUUUAUAAUUUGUCUAGUUUGUAAUCCAUUUACUCCUGGAAGUACAUUCUUCACUGCAGAAGUUCUUUAGGAUAGGAGGAAGGCAUGGCAAUCAAAACAUGGCAAUUAUGUUGUGGGUUACAUCUAUCAGAUACUCAAGCAGUUGUCAGCUUUGACCAAUGCUAAUGAAGAUGCCAAUUCAGAAAGCAGAUGGACAUUUUUAAGCAUCCUUAGCAAGGAACAUCAUUAUCAUCAUGACUGGCCCAAAUCUCAGACCUCUACUUUAUAGUGUCAGUUCACCUUAAAGAAGAAGUGCCACUUAAAGAAGUUAUGUUUUGAUCUUAGAUUUUUCGGGAGGGAGGGUUGCUUUUGAUUUUUAAUGCACUGUUUAUCUUUUUUUUUUUUUUUUUUUGGUUUUAAAAGCACAAUCACUAAACUUUAUUUGUAAAACAUUGUAACUAUUAACCGUUUUUGUCUUACUGUAAGAUGUUAAGCUUUUGUUUGUUUGUUUUUUCAUAUUUUAUUAAUGCUCUAUGUUUGUAUUGGGAAUAUUUGAAUGCUGACAGAUGGUAAAGGUAGCAAACCUAGAAAGGGCCAUAAACAGAACACUUUUCCCAUUUCCUGAACUUUUAAUUCUUACAUUUCCUGUGGCCUAUCUCAACAUUGGAUUUCCACUGAAACUGAAAUAGUGCCAUUAGUCCCUUUUGAAAUUCCAGAACGAUGUCCUCUGUCCGUAGAUUUUUAUGAUCUCUUUUGUAAUUAUAUGAUUUCUUUGUCAUCGGUGCUAAUGGAAAAUUGUGUGUUUGUUUAUGGACAAUUAUCAGGCCUAGCCUCAGUUGGGGGGAACAGUGUUUUGGUAUUUACUGAGGCCUAAAAGUUUCAUUUAGCUAACUUUUAAGAAAUGGUUACAAUAGAAAGGGUGUGCAGUACUGAGGGAAAAGCCCAUGUGAUUAAUGUUUUUCAUUAUGUUCAUGUAAGAAACCUCAUAUUUUAGCCAUAAUUUUGCAUACCAAGGAUUCAAUAAUCAUAAAGUAAUUUUGUCACAUUAUUUAUUAAAAACGUUCUCAAAUA